GUAAUAACUCGCCUGACUGAGCUGAAACUGUAGCAGUGCUGCUAAACCAGGACAUGGAGGCGAUAUACAGUAUUCUGGGUUUGGAGUGGUUAGACACCAGGAGUAUUUUAGUAUUUCUCUGUGUCUUUCUUCUACUCAGUGACAUUUUGAAGAACAGAAAACCAAAAAACUUCCCUCCAGGACCACGGGCUCUUCCUUUUAUUGGAGAUCUUCAUCGCAUUCAACCUUCCAGACUCCACCUGCAGUUAGUAGAGUUUGCAGAGAAAUAUGGAAACACUUUCAGCCUUCAUCUCUUUGGUGAAAGAGCUGUGGUCAUAAAUGGCUACAAAAGUGUGAAGGAGGCCCUGGUCGAACAGGGAGAGGACUUCGUAGAUCGUCCCACCGUUCCACUGUUUUCAGAGUUUUUCAAGAACCAAGGUCUUGUGAUGUCAAACGGUAAUUUGUGGAAGACUCAGAGGAGAUUUGCUCUUCACACACUGAGAAACUUUGGUCUGGGCAAGAAAAACCUGGCACUUUACAUCCAGCAGGAGUGCCAGUAUCUCACAGAGGCUUUUGCUGAACAGCAAGGCAAGCCUUUUAAUGCCCAAUCACUGAUAAACAACGCUGUGUCCAACAUCAUCUGCUGUUUGGUGUUUGGGAGUCGGUAUGAGUACAGUGACGAGCAGUACAAGACUAUUCUUAAAAAUUUAAAUGACGUUAUGCACUUACAGGGAGGAUUGUCAGUACAGAUUUUUAACGCAAUGCCCUGGUUAAUGAGAUGGGUUCCUGGACCUCAUAAGAAAUUAUUCAGGUUGAUACUGAAGGUUAUUGACUUUGUUGAAAUGAGAAUCAAAGAGCACAAAGAAAAUCUCGACCCUUCUUCACCAAGAGAUUACAUCGACUCCUUCCUCAUUGAAAUGGGAGAGAAAGAAGACAAAGAUUCUGGUUUUGAUCUCAUUAACUUGUGUGUUUGCACUAUGGACCUGUUUGGUGCUGGAACUGAAACCACCACAACUACUUUACACUGGGGGCUACUUUACAUGAUUUCCUACCCACAUAUACAAGAGAAAGUCCAUGCUGAGAUUGAUGCUGUGAUUGGUCCAUCCAGACAGCCCUCUAUAACUGACAGAGAAAACAUGCCGUACACCAAUGCAGUCAUCCAUGAGAUGCAGAGAAUGGGAAACAUUGUCCCACUCAAUCUGCCCCGCAUAGCAAAUAAGGACACAACUCUGAAUCAGUACUCAAUCCCAAAGGGUACAGUGAUAUUACCAAUGCUUCAUUCUGUUCUGCACGAUAAGACGAUGUGGGAGACCCCACACACCUUCAACCCUCAACACUUCCUGGACGAGGAUGGUAAAUUUAGGAACAGGGAGGCCUUCAUGCCUUUUUCUGCAGGUAAGCGCGUGUGUCUUGGAGAACAGCUGGCCAGGAUGGAGUUGUUCCUGUUUUUUACCUCCAUCCUUCAGAGGUUUAAGGUGUCCUCUCCUGCAGGCGAGAAGCCCAGUCUGGAGUUCAAGCUGGGGGCAACUCGCCUUCCCAAACCCUACCGCCUAUGUGCUGUAUCACGUUAAACUGCAUAUUACUUUAAACUGAGUCAGACAAUUCAGUGUUCAAACAUUUGUAUUGCAUUAUAAAUGUGGGUAAAGAAAUAGGUAUUAUAAUGCUCUAAAGGGAGUAUAGAUUUAUCUGUUACUAAAAGGGUUGUAAGAUUUAUCUAGGCAAGAUGAAAAAACUUAGGUUUGUGCUCUGAGAUUUAUGUGACUAAAAAUCUACAACUUUAUCUAAUUUUUUAGACUUUCAGAACGUGAUCAUAAUUGUCUCGCUGCUUUCAAAUUAGUCCAUAAUGGAUCGUUUCUCACAGGAGAAACUAAUUGGAAUCAGAGUUGUAACAUUUAAAUGCUUUAUUCUGCCACUAAAUAUUAUUUUUCUGCUCUUUGGUUUUUGUAUUCAAGAAUAAAAUCAUUGUAUAUUAAACCUACUAAGCUGAAAUCAGACACCUCUUAAUGGUUAAAAAUCACUUUAACAUCAUCAAGAAAUCACUGCACAAUCAAACACUUGGAGUGACUGGUCUUUAUGCCUCCUAUAAGAGGAAAAAAUAAAAAACAAACUUUAAAAGUAAAAAGAAUGAUUUGUGAACCCAAAAGUUCACUUCUUGAUUAAGCAAGGUGAGGAACAUAAACUUUGCUUGUUGAAGGAUUUCAGCAUCUUCUCCUCUGAUGAAGGUGAUGUGUAAUGUGACUUUACAGCACCAGAUGGAACUGAACGUUGAGCUUUAGGAGGAGGCCUCAUCACAGUUGUACUGAUUCCUAAAUUUGACCUCCUCAGUCACUGACUGGUUGACUGUGGGGCCGCAGCAGCUCGUGGGUCGUGAGGAUAGACAUUAAUUUCCUAAAUCAAUAUCAACAUGAAUGUUACAAUUUUUGGCACGUAAUCAAUGAAAAACACAAAUGUUGCCUAUUUAAGCUACUUGUCAUCUCUUAACUUCCUCACUGCAGGUUGUGUCUUAUAAUAUAUUAAUAAUAAUAACAUUUUUUUUAUUUUAGCUGUGGUUCAAAUUAAUCAGAAGUUCGCAGCUUUCUGGAUUCAUUCAUUGGAUUUCUAAAUUUGAGUAAUAACCCUGUAAUAAUACUCCAGAUUAACUAAGUUAAAUGGUGGGAAGACGUCUUGUGAACCGAUUCCAAAUCUAAAGUACAAAAAAAUAAAAUGAAAUAAAAAACGUGGCAGCUCAACAGAUUUCUGAACUGCAGCUAUUAGCGCAGAGAUAGUAUAGUAAAACGUCACCACAGAUUAGGUUAAAAACAGUCCCACCUUCUCAACAAAAGUCACUUUUUCUUAUUUCUCUUUAUGUCGUCAGUUUUUGUUGUUCUGUUCAGCCUUUCUCUCUGCUCCAAAUACAUUUUUAAUAUGAAUAUCUCUUCUGAUGGAUAAUAAAACUUUUGCCGAGCGCUA